GCUGUGGGAGAAGGAAGAUGGCCCGAGCUUUGUGUCCACUUCGUGCCCUCUGGCUUAUGGGGUGGGUACAGGUGCUCUUGGGGCCCGGUGCUGCCCCUCCAGCCUCAGCCUUGAACUUGGACCCAGUGCGGGUCACCUUCUACACAGGACCCAAUGGCAGCCACUUUGGGUUUUCACUGGACUUCUACAAGGACAGCUAUAGGAGCGUGACCAUCGUGGUAGGCGCCCCGCGGACCCUGGGUCGCAGCCAAGAGGAGACAGGAGGCGUGUUCCUGUGCCCCUGGAAGGCCGAGGGUGGCCAGUGUUCCCCUCUGUCCUUCGACCUUAAUGAUGAGACCCGAAAAGUAGGCUCCCAAACUUUCCUAACCUUCAAGGCCCGGCAAGGAUUGGGGGCGUCGGUCGUCAGCUGGAACGACAGCAUUGUGGCCUGCGCCCCCUGGCAGCACUGGAACGCCCUAGAAGAGACGGAGGAGGCAGAGAAGACACCCGUAGGUAGCUGCUUCUUGGCUCAGCUCCAGACUGCCCGCCGAGCGGAGUUCUCGCCUUGUCGGGACAACACCAUGAGCCGGGUUUACGUGACAACCUCAAACUGGGAAGACAAGCGCUACUGUGAAGUGGGCUUCAGCUCCGCAGUCACCGAGGCUGGAGAGCUGGUGCUUGGGGCCCCUGGCGGCUAUUUUUUCUUAGGUCUCCUGGCGCGGGCUCCAAUAGCACACAUCUUCUCGAGUUACCGCCCGGGCACCCUCUUGUGGCAUGUGAACACCCAGCGCCUCACCUUCGACUCCGGCGAUCCAGUGUACUACGACGGCUACCGGGGAUAUUCGGUGGCCGUUGGCGAGUUCGACGGGAAGCUCGGCACUACAGAGUAUGUCUUCGGUGCCCCCACCUGGAGUUGGACCCUGGGAGCCGUGGAAAUUUUGAACUCGAACUUCAGGCCGCUGCACCAGCUGCAGGGAGAGCAGGUGGCUUCGUAUUUCGGGCACUCGGUGGCCGUCACUGACGUCAACGGGGACGGGAGGCACGAUCUGCUGGUGGGGGCGCCGCUGUACAUGGACAGACGCUCUGACCUCAAGCUGGCCGAGGUGGGGCGUGUGUACUUGUUCCUGCAGCCUCGGGGCUCCCAAGCGCUGGGCGCCCCCAGCCUCCUGCUGACUGGCACGCAGGUCUAUGGGCGAUUUGGCUCAGCCAUCGCGCCUCUGGGCGACCUCAACCGGGACGGCUACAAUGAUGUUGCAGUGGCUGCCCCCUACGGAGGUCCCAGCGGUCGGGGCCAAGUGCAGGUGUUCCUGGGUCAGAGUGAGGGGCUUAACUCACGCCCCUCCCAGGUCCUGGACAGCCCCUUCCCCGCAGGCUCUGCCUUCGGCUUCUCCCUGCGAGGUGCCACAGACAUCGAUGACAAUGGAUAUCCAGACCUAUUGGUGGGAGCAUAUGGGGCUGACAAGGUGGCUGUGUACAGAGCUCAGCCAGUGGUCAUGGCCACUGUCCAGCUGUCGGUACAAGAUUCGCUGAAUCCUGCUGUGAAGAAAUGUGUUCUGCCCCAGACCAAGACACCAGUGAGCUGCUUUAACAUCCAGAUGUGUGUAGAAGCCAGUGGGCACAAUAUUCCUCAGAAGCUAAGCCUAAAUGCCGAGCUGCAGCUGGACCGGCAGAAGCCCCGCCAGAGCCGGCGGGUGCUACUGCUGAACUCUCAACAGGCGGGCACCACCCUGCGCCUGGACCUGGGCGGGAGGCACAGCCGCAUCUGCCACAACACCACAGCCUUCCUCCGCGAUGAGGCCGACUUCCGGGACAAGCUGAGCCCCAUCGUGCUUAGCGUCAAUGUGUCCCUGCCACCUGAGAAGGACGGACUAGCCCCUGCUCUUGUGCUGCACGGAGACACCCACGUGCAGGAGCAGACCCGCAUCAUCCUGGACUGUGGGGAAGAUGACCUGUGUGUGCCCCAGCUUCAGCUCACGGCCAGCACGGCAGGGUCUCCCCUUCUAAUCGGAGCCGAUAACGUGCUGGAGCUAAACGUGGACGCAGCUAACGAGGGGGAGGGGGCCUAUGAGGCUGAGCUGGCUGUGCACCUGCCACCAGGUGCCCAUUUCAUGAGGGCCGUCAGCGGUGUGGAGGGCUUCGAGAGGCUCAUCUGUAACCAGAAGAAGGAGAAUGAGACCAAGGUUGUGCUGUGUGAGCUGGGCAACCCCAUGAAGAACGUCCGGGUAGGAAUCACCAUGCUGGUCAGUGUGGAGAACCUGGAAGGGGCUGGGGAGCAAGUGCUCUUCCGGCUGCAGAUCAGGAGCAAGAACAGCCAGAAUCCAAACAGUGAGGCUGUGCAGCUGGAGGUGCCAGUCCGAGCGGAGGCCCAGGUGGAGCUUCGAGGGAGCUCCUUUCCAGCCUCCUUGGUGAUGGCGGCAGAAGAAGACAACAGGGAGGACAGCUCAGACAACUGGGGCCCCAAAGUGGAACACACCUAUGAGCUCUACAACAAUGGCCCCGGUACUGUAAGUGGCCUCCACCUCACCCUCCACCUCCCCGGCCAGUCCCAGCCCUCCGACCUGCUCUACAUCCUGGAUAUACAGCUUCAGGGGGGUCUUCAGUGCUCCCCACAGCCCUCUCCCAACCCCCUCAAGCUGGACCAGGGACUGCCCACCCCCGCUCCCUCCCCCAUCUACCCCGGCCACCACAAGCGUGAGCGCAGGCAGGCUCCCCAGCUGGGGCCCAAGCAGCCAGGGAAGCUUCAGGAUCCAGUUCUCGUGAGCUGCGACUCGGCGCCCUGUACUGUGGUGCAAUGCGAGCUGCAGGAGAUGGCGCGCGGGCAGCGGGCCAUGGUCACGGUGCAGGCCUUCCUGUGGCUGCCCAGCCUCCGCCAGAGGCCACUGGAUCAAUUUGUACUGCAGUCGGACGCCUGGUUCAAUGUCACUUCCCUUCCAUACUCUGUGCCUGCCCUCAGCCUGCCCAGCGGGGAAGCUCUGGUGCAGACGCAGCUGCUUCGGGCCUUGGAGGAGAGGGACAUUCCCACCUGGUGGGUGCUGGUAGGCGUGCUGGGUGGCCUGCUGUUGCUCACAUUCCUGAUCCUGGCCAUGUGGAAGGUCGGCUUCUUCAAGCGGAAUCGGCCACCCCUGGAAGAGGAUGAGGAAGAGGAGUGAUGGCACAGCCAUGACCUGUCCUAACAGGAAGGCUGGGUGUGAUGCCUGUGUGGCCCUUCUCCAUGUGUCCCUCGCUCUGGUUACCCAUGCGCAGGAGCUGUUCCAUGGAGGCCUCCUGACGUUCGCCCCUGUGUCCCACCAGAGCUGGGCCACCCGCUUUCCUGCUGUCUAAUAAAGAGACAGCCCCAGCCCCCAAUGUGCUGCUUCCUCCCCGCCACCCCGUCCCACCAGACGUCUCCCCCCUCCCACCAGAGCUGGGCCACCCGCUUUCCUGCUGUCUAAUAAAGAGACAGCCCCAGCCCCCAGUGUGCUGCUUCCUCUCAGGGUCAGAAGAGGAGAGGGGACCAAGGUGAUAUUUGGAGAGGGGAUCUGGG